AUGGCCAUGAGAUCCGGGAGGCACCCCUCGCUGCUGCUGCUUCUAGUGCUGCUGCUGUGGCUGCUGCAGGUCAGUAUCAUUGACAGUGUUCAACAGGAAACAGAUGAUCUUACUAAGCAAACAAAGUUCCAGGAAAAGAUCUACCAGCCUCUACGGCGAUCCAAGAGAAGAUGGGUUAUCACCACCUUGGAGCUGGAGGAGGAAGACCCGGGACCCUUUCCCAAACUCAUUGGUGAGCUGUUCAAUAAUAUGUCUUAUAACAUGUCACUAAUGUAUCUAAUCAGUGGACCUGGUGUGGAUGAAUAUCCAGAGAUUGGUUUGUUUUCUCUAGAAGAUCAUGAGAACGGAAGGAUAUAUGUUCACCGCCCUGUUGAUCGAGAAAUGACACCGUCUUUCACGGUUUAUUUUGAUGUUGUGGAGCGCUCAACAGGAAAAAUCGUGGAUAAAUCCUUGAUUUUCAACAUUAGGAUCAGUGAUGUGAAUGAUCAUGCACCCCAGUUUCCAGAGAAGGAAUUUAACAUCACUGUGCAAGAAAACCAAUCUGCAGGGCAACCUAUUUUUCAGAUGUUAGCAGUCGAUUUGGAUGAAGAAAACACUCCAAAUUCUCAAGUCCUUUACUUCCUCGUUUCUCAAACACCAUUACUGAAAGAAAGUGGUUUCCGGGUUGAUCGCCUUAGUGGAGAAAUACGACUCUCCGGGUGCUUAGAUUAUGAGACUGCUCCUCAGUUUACACUGCUAAUCAGAGCCAGGGACUGUGGAGAACCGUCACUGUCAUCCACGACCACCGUUCACGUGGAUGUGCAAGAAGGCAACAACCACAGGCCUGCAUUUACCCAGGAGAACGUGAGGCUCCUGGGCCGCCCCAACAUCUAAGCCCCAAAACAAGUAGCCCCUGGGUCCUAGGCUCAGUUUUUCUCGGAGAGGGUGUUAGGCUGUUAUCAUAUUGCUAUGAAGAAAUACCUGAGACUGGGUAAUUUAUAAAGAAAAGAGGUUUAAUUGGCUCAUGGUUCUGCAGGCUUUACAGGAAGCCUGGGGCUGGCACCGGCUCAGCUUCUAGGGAGGCCUCAGGAAGCCUAUGAUCAUGGCGGAAGGAUGGGGGGAGCAGGCAUGUCACUCGGUGACAGCAAGAGCAUGCAAGACACGGGAGGUGGGUGGGGAAGAAUGAGGAACGAGAGAGGUAAGAGGGGCCACACACUUUUAAAUGACCAGAUCUCAUGUGAACUCAGGGCCAGAGCUCCUUAUCACCAAGGGGAUGGCCGGAGCUAUUUAUGAGGCAUCUGCCCCACGAUCCAAACACUUCCCACCAGGCCCCACCUCCAACACUGGGGAUCACAUUUCAACAUGAGAUUUGGGCAGGGACAGAUCUCCAAACUAUGUUGUGCAGUCACCCAAGAUAUGUGCAAUUCUCCAAAGUGACUUAAGCUAGAAUCAAGAAGCCAAAUCAUAUUGACAUAGAAGCACUUCAUAAUGGUCACAUGAGCUUACAUUUUUGACUGCUGUAUGCCAGAAACUAUGCUAAGAACUUUUACAUGCAUUUUUUUCAUUUUUGAUUAUUGAAACUACAACAUGAUUUCUGUUUUACAGAUGGGAAAACUGAGGUCUAGGGGAAGACAGGGAAUUCCUGUUUACUUAGAGUCAGGGGUUCCUAUGCUCAGCCCAACUGACACUGGGCCAGAUGAUUAUUUGGAGUGGGGGCUACUCUGUGUGCUGUGGGAUAUUCACCAGCAUCCCUGGCCUCCGCCCAGUAGAUGUCAGUAGCGCCCCUCAGCUGUGACAACCAAAAGUGUCACCAGACAUUGCCAGAUGUCCCUCAGGGAGAAUAAUCACCCUUGGGUGAGAAGUCUGCACCUGAGGUUUUCACACCGUGUUCAGGAUUCUAGAGGGAAGGUGAGCAGGAAGGCUUUGGCCUCGCCUUCCAUACCUUACCUUAUCCAAGUGCAGAAGUAACUGCAGUGACCAUUUAAAAACAUUGUAUGUCAGGGUCCACAUGGGAUUUCCCAGGCUGCAAGACUCCCAGCCUUUAAGAAAGCAUUGAAAACCACUGUGUAAGAUGGUUUGGGAUGGGUGCUCCACCUAAGGCAUGUGAGAUGGCUAAGAGAUAAAAUAAGAACCACUCAAGAUCUAUUUCCAAUAUUUUAUUUUUUACUAUUCUAUAUGUAUUUUUAAAAAAGUAAAUAUCCACCAUAUUUCCUUUCUCCUGACUCUCUCAGUGAGCCCUUUCUUGACUACCGAGUUAAAACCCUCCCUCUUCUUUCCUGGGACACACUCUAGCCCCUUUGUGCUUUCUUCUGCUUAGUAGUGUUCUACUUAAUCAAUUAGUUUUAUUUAUUUUAUAAAUCCCCCUACACACACACACACACACACACACACACACACACUCAGCUCUCAGCUCCAUCAAGGACGGAAUUUUUGCCUGUCUUGUUCACAGCAUCUGAAAUGGAAUGUGGCACAUAGAAGCUGUUGUUGAAUAAAUGAUGCAAACAAUUAUUUUUAAAAGGUGUCAUUUAAUUAGAAAAAAACCCUGUAUAAACCAAAGUGAAAUGUUUGCAGACCAAAGCACCUCACCAGAAGUAUAUAAUAACUACAAAAUAAUAUUAUGCUUGAACCUUGUUUCAAAAUCUUUUCCUGGCUUGGUAAAAAGCAAUGCUCUCAAAAAUAUGGCUGGAAAAAAAUAUACCCUGUUAUUUUGAAGUGCUUGUCUAGAAACAUUGCCUCCAAAAGUACUGAAUAACAAGCUAUUUUGAAGAUCUACAUGUGUUAGAAAAAUGAUCACCUUAAUCUGAAUAACCACAAGUGUCCUAUUUUAUGGGAAGAGCUAGGAUUUUUAGAGAGCAUAAACUAGGAUUGUGUAUUAUUCUUUUUAAAAUUCUUAGAAAAAAUAGGGCAUUGAGUUGGAUUUAAGAGUACUUUAAGAAUUAUUUAGCGAGUCACAGGUAGGAGGGGGCAGAUAUUCCAACGGAUGCACCUUCUGCUGUAACAGACGGAGUUGCAAAUCCCUUAGGGCAGGUUUAGCAGCAUGAGGAAUAUCCAGGGUGUUGUGAUGAGGAGCAACAUUCUUUCUCCUUCUCUCUCUUGCUCUCUCUCUGCUUCUCUCCCUCCUUCCUCUCUGCUUUCCUUUUCAAUUGUGUUUUUGUUUCCAUGACAUGGACAUGAUGAUUGCUUCUUUCAGUAUAAGACUCAGAUUCCUGAAGGCCGAGUCAGCCAGGGCGUGUUGCGUCUCCUGGUUCAAGAUCGAGAUUCUCCAUUUACAUCAGCUUGGAGAGCAAAAUUCAACAUAUUGCAUGGCAAUGAAGAGGGGCAUUUUGACAUUUCGACUGACCCUGAGACUAACGAAGGGAUAUUAAAUGUUAUCAAGGUAACACCAUACCGGUGACAUACCAACCAGUUAGUGGCAGACGCUGAGGCCUCUUCUGUAGGACCACUCAUAAUGAACCAGAGAGCUAAUGUCCGUGGAUGCUGGGUGCUGAGCCCAUUACGUACCACGCGUCACCAGGCAAGGAAGGCAGGGUCUCAGUGCCACUUCUGUGUGUGGGCUGAGGACUCCUCCUACCAAAAUAAUAUCAAUAAUAAAACUUAUUUUGAUAUGACUAAAUACUUCACCAUUUAAUUUUUUGUUGUUGUAGGCAAAAUGUAAUAGAUUUACAUAGGCCUUAAAAUGAUUAUUCUUUUUCAGAUGUGAUUUAAAAAUGAAAACAUUUUCUUCAACACUAAAAGUUCUUUCUUUUCAUCUGAGUUUUCAAUGUUUAAGACUUUUAAAGUUUAAAACAAAUGGGAGUGCAUCUGUGUGGCCCCAAGAGUAUGGAGAGCCCCUGGCACUGUGCCUAAUGGAGAAGCUGGCCUGGAAGAAAGUAUUAAUAUUACCAUCUCAUUUACUGAUUAGGAAACCAAAGCCCAGAGGGGUUAGGUCCUCUACACAAAGCCACACAGCUUGAGGGGUGGAGUGGAGGAUCCCACUGGGGCAGUCUGACCCCAGUGCCUCUAGUCUUCAUUGCUCACAACCAGACCUAGAGUGACUAGGGCCUCUAGUGCAGUGCAGGGCAGGUGAGUCACCUGGGGACAAGGCAGACCUGAGUCAGCAGGUCUGGCGCAGGGCCCGAGAUUCGCCUGCCCAUUUGACUAGCUCCCAGGGGAUGCUGAUUGCCUGCGGACCGUGCUAUGAAUAGCAAGGCUCUGUAGACGCUGCACCAGAUGCCUGGGGUUGAAUUUUCAAAAUAUUCCCAGGCUUUCAAUCCUUUUAAGUCAACUGACCACUUUGUACCCUGAAUAACUAUGAUCAUUAAUAACUGUAUUUCCCUAAGUUCCCCUGAUUUUUUUGCUGCAUGGUUGUCUCAUUAAUGUUUCAUUAGGCUAUGGUUUUUGUUGCAUUUUUCAUUACCCUCUGAAGGAUGGUGGCUCUUUUCAACCAGCAGAGGAGGAGGGAAAAAAUAAAAGAGAAAAGAACUCCAUAAAUGAUUUGAAAAUGAGCUGUAGACUGUCUUUUGAUCAUUAUCAAAGACAACGUAAAUAAUAAAUGAAGUGCAAAAGCCACAAGCUCUGAGUUUGCAAUGAUGACUCGGCGCUGGGCUUCCUCUGGCCAGAGGAGCAGCAGGUGCUAAUGAAAUCCUCUCUGGGGUUCCAGCCUUUGGAUUAUGAGACUCGCCCAGCACAAAGCCUCAUCAUUGUCGUGGAGAAUGAGGAGAGGCUCUUCUUCUGUGAGAGAGGAAAGCUUCAGCCACCAAGGAAGGCAGCAGC